AAAAAAGAUGAGAGUCUUGGUUAGUGUUGUGGUCCUCCUGAGGUGGAUCCUUCCGCUGGUCAUUUCUGUGCAACGGCUCGAUGCAGGUGAAAUUCAGGGCCCAUGUGAAGGCAGAAACUGCUCUGUGUAUCAGUGUCUUCCUGCUAAAGGUGCAUGGGGUUCUCCGGGUAAACCAGGGCUUCAAGGUCCCCAGGGACCAGCAGGACCAAGAGGACCUGUAGGUCCUCAAGGAGAGAAAGGCAGCAGGGGAUCAGAGGGAUUUCAAGGCCCAGCUGGACUGAAAGGAGACCCUGGUGUAGUUGGUGUUCCUGGUUUCUCUGGUGUUGAUGGAUUACCGGGCCACCCAGGAGUGGAAGGUGAGCCUGGUUUGCCAGGAGUUGAUGGCUGUAAUGGAACAAGGGGCAAAGUGGGACUUCCUGGUCAGCCUGGACUGGAUGGCCUCGAUGGGCCUCCGGGGCUACCUGGCCCUAAAGGGAUUAAGGGUGAGCCUUGGUACAGUAUGGUUCCAGGCCUUCCUGGAGAGAAAGGAGUAGCUGGGCCUAAAGGCCUUGCUGGUCCUCCUGGCCCUAGGGGCGAUGAGGGUUUGGAAGGACCUAAAGGUGCAAGAGGACCACCUGGAAACCCUGGAAGAUCACUGGCAGGAGAUAAAGGUGAUGAUGGUGAACAAGGUCCCCCUGGUCCAGAGGGACCAGAAGAAGUCAUUGAGUUUCCUCCAGAAUAUCUGCCUCCCAAAGGUUACAAGGGCAAUAAAGGUCAAUCUGGACUUUGUGGACCAAAGGGCAUAAAUGGUGGUGGUGGACACUAUGGCGAUCAAGAAUUUAAAGGAGAGCAAGGUAUCCCUGGUUUCCCAGGAAAUCGAGGUUUCCAAGGAUUGCCUGGUAGAACUGGAGCACCAGGACCCGAGGGUCUCAAGGGCGAGAAAGGAUUUCCAGGUCACAUGGGAAGAACUGGACCAAAGGGUUACCCAGGUGAUCCAGGUCCUUCUGGUCCUCCUCCUUUUCACACAAGUGAUGCCAGAGGUGCUAAAGGUGAUCGGGGGUAUCCAGGGUUACCUGGAGUACAAGGUGACCCUGGUGAUAUGGGCGUGCCUGGAACUCCUGGACAACCAGGAUUAACACUAACAGAUGAGUUGGAUCCACCUGGUCCACGAGGAGCACCUGGUUCCACGGGCGACAAAGGAGAGCCUGGAAAAUAUUAUGACUUUGAAAUCAAUGCCUUACCGGGAGCAAAGGGAACAAAAGGAGCCCCAGGACCCAAAGGUGUCAAAGGCCUCCCUGGACCUCCAGGCUGUGGAGAUUAUGACUGUGAACCUGGAUACCCUGGAGACCCUGGUGAUCCAGGACCCAAAGGACCAUCCGGAAACAAAGGGCUCAAAGGAAUUAAAGGUUGUCCAGGGGUUUGUGAAUGUCGGGUAGGUGUGGGAGGCACAGGUCUACCUGGCCCACCUGGUUAUCCAGGACCUCCAGGGUUUGAUGGAGUUCCUGGAACUAAGGUGCAGAAAGGAGAGCCAGGACUUAAAGGAGAUCAUGGUCCAACAGGACCACAAGGUUUUCCAGGACUUCCUGGAUAUAAAGGAGAGAAGGGCCAGAAAGGUGACUCCUUUUCAGCAGGUAUUAAAGGUGCCAAGGGCAAUAAAGGAAACCCUGGACACUCUGGUCCUUCUGGAGCAACAGGCAGGCCAGGAGUGGAUGGUCACCCUGGCCCAGCAGGAGACCCUGGACCUCCAGGUGCAGGAUACACAGGGUUGCCAGGUCCCAAAGGUUAUCCUGGUGAUAUUGGACCCAAAGGACUUCCAGGAUAUAUAGGCUUUCCAGGGCCUGGUUUUCCAGGUUCUCAGGGUCCGCAGGGACCUAAAGGAAACCAAGGAAGUGCUGGCCUUCCAGGAAUUCCUGGACGAGCAGGUCCUCCAGGGGAAACUGAGAAAUGUUGCUAUGAAUUUGAACCUGGAGGACCUGGUCCCAAGGGUGAACCAGGGUUACCAGGUACUCCAGGUGAGCCGGGAAGACAAGGUGUCCCAGGAGUCCCAGGACCCCCAGGCCCUAAAGGUUUUAAAGGAGAUAAUGGUGGAACUAGAGGGAUUGGCCUUCCAGGACAGCCAGGUAUAAAUGGAGAGCCAGGUGUCCCUGGUUCUUUUGGAAUUAGCCUGGAUGGGCAUCCAGGUCUUCCUGGCCAACCAGGACCCCCAGGAAAAAAGGGGUUCCCAGGAGAUGUCUGGAGUGCUAACCCCUGGACACCUGGAAAAACUGGUCUUCCUGGAGCUGUAGGGAGGAAGGGAUACCGUGGCAUCACUGGAAACCCAGGGCUGCCAGGGCCACAUGGACAACCUGGGCGAAAUGGCCCUAAAGGAGUGCCAGGUGACAAUGGUGACCCCGGUGACACUGGCCUCCCAGGUCAACCUUGCACUGAGUGUGAGCUGAAAGGGCCUCCAGGCUCUCCAGGACUUCCAGGCAACCCGGGCCCUCGAGGAAUACAAGGAUACCCUGGAACAAAAGGUUUUAAAGGAGACACUGGAGUAUCCGGUCAUGGACUGAAAGGCCGACAAGGUUACCCUGGUACACCUGGGUUGCCAGGCCCGGCUGGACCUAGAGGCACACCUGGUCCCUCAGGAGAUCCUGGGAUUGAUGGCCUGCCAGGACAAAAAGGUGAAAGGGGAUACCCUGGCAAGGCUGGAGAGAGAGGUUUACCUGGCUUUUCUGGUCCCCCGGGACCCAUAGGAGUACAGGGGGAGAGAGGCUUUAAUGGAAAGCCAGGUGAUGCAGGAGAUCCAGGUUUGCCUGGUGUCAAAGGUUCACGUGGCCCUCCAGGUUUUCCAGGAAUCUCCGAGAUUGUGAAUGUAACCCAAGGUCCAUCAGGAGUAACUGGGAGAAUAGGUCAACCAGGCAGAUAUGGGCUUCCAGGCUUAAAGGGUGCAAGGGGACUGCUGGGUGAUCCAGGACAUGAUGGAUGGCCUGGUCCACCUGGGUUUAAGGGCAUGACUGGUGAACCAGGUACAGCAGGAAUACCAGGACCUCCUGGGCACUGCAGUACCAAAGGGUUCCCUGGUCCAAGGGGAUAUCCUGGACCUGAUGGAGAUCCGGGAGAUCUUGGGCUAAGGGGACAUCCUGGAAAUUCAGGGCUACCAGGAUUUCCAGGGUCCAAGGGUGAGCCAGGACAGUCUUUGGGACAGCCAGGUCCAUCAGGACCCAAAGGAUUGCCAGGGGAGAACGGACCUGACGCUCCACAGGGACAUGCAGGGAAUGCAGGGGACCCUGGACCCAGGGGACACCCAGGACAACCUGGACACCCUGGCAUUCCUGGGGAUCCAGGAUGGGUUGGAGUACCAGGGAUUACUGGUCUGCAUGGUCCAGCGGGACAACCUGGAUUCCCUGGUCUUCCAGGUCAACAUGGCGAACAAGGGCCACAGGGUCCACCUGGAAUUUAUGGACUUCCAGGGUUUCCUGGAGCACCAGGCCUGAAUGGCCUCGAUGGGCUGAGAGGUCCAAAAGGGAUAAAAGGCUCAAGUGGCAUAGAUAUUCCUGGACCUCCAGGACCUGAUGGUUUUCCUGGACCAAAAGGACACAGAGGUCACCCAGGGCCUCCAGGACUCACUAUUCCUGGCCCUAAAGGCCCCCAAGGCUCAUUUGGCUACACAGGUCCUCCAGGCUUUCCUGGUUUACCUGGCGACCCUGGGAAGGAAUGUUGCAGUCCUACACAAGGACCUUAUGGGGACAUGGGAUAUGAAGGACCACCAGGACUCCCAGGUCUACCAGGAGAACCUGGUCCUCCAGGCAGCAGCAUUUCCUUAAAAGGAGACCCUGGUCUGGUUGGCUUCCCUGGGCUACCAGGUAGGAAAGGAAAUAAGGGCAUCCAGGGACCUUCUGGAUCUCAGAACUACCCAGGAAUUCAUGGACCCAAAGGUGAGACAGGCCCACCUGGUCCUCGGGGUUUUCCAGGAUCAAGAGGUCAGCAAGGUAUCCCUAGUGCAAGGGGCUUCAAAGGUGAAAGAGGGCCAGAUGGAAAUCAGGGUGUCAAAGGUCCCCCAGGUGAUCUCAUCACAGAACCCCCCAGGCUUGGUACUCCAGGACCCCCAGGACCACGUGGUCCCUCUGGACCUGAGGGAUUCCCCGGUGAUCCAGGCUCUCCUGGGACUCCAGGCCAUAAAGGAGAGAAAGGGCCUAUCGGGUGUUUAGGUCUCCCUGGUAUACGUGGUCCUCCUGGCCUUGAUGGUCCUGUUGGUGACCCAGGAGUGGCUGGUCAGCGAGGACCUACUGGACCCAAAGGUAUUCUUGGAAGACCUGGUGAGUUAGGAAAGCCAGGCCAUAUGAGGAGACAGAAGUCCAGUUUCCUGCUGGUUAUUCACAGCCAGUCAGUUCUGGUACCAACAUGCCCGGAGGGAAGCAGUCAGCUUUGGACUGGCUACAGUUUGGUCUACCUGGAGGGGCAGGAGAAGGCUCAUUCGCAAGAUCUGGGCCAGGCGGGCUCUUGCCUGCCCGUUUUCUCCACCAUGCCUUUCUCCUACUGCAACACUGCUGCCUGUCACUACGCAAGUCGCAAUGACAGAUCCUAUUGGCUCUCCACCAAUGCAUCUGUGACAAUGAUGCCCCUCUUCGGCCAAGAUAUUGCCUUACACAUUAGCCGCUGUUUGGUAUGUGAGACAGCCACACCAGCGGUGGCUUUUCACAGUCAAGAUCAAACAGCUGCCUUAUGUCCACCUGGUUGGAGGAGUCUUUGGAUGGGCUACUCUUUCCUCAUGCACACAGGAGCAGGUGAUGAAGGUGGUGGCCAGUCUCUGAUGUCUUCAGGGAGCUGCCUUCAGCAUUUCCAAACUCAUGCCGUCAUAGAGUGCCAGGGCGCUCGGGGUUCCUGUCACUACUUUGCCAACCUUUACAGCUUUUGGCUGACUAGUGUUAAGCAAACAGAGCAGUUCAUCACCCCGAGACCUGGGAUCAUCAAAGCAGACCAAGAAAAGCAAGACAAGGCCAGUCGGUGUCACGUCUGCACCAGAGAAUGAUGAAGGUCUCAGGGUUUGUCCUCCAUGUCUGUCUUUUUAACUUUUACACAACAAACUU